AUGGCGCAGCCGUUCCCUGCUCCCCAAGUCGGCAUGGCGCACCAUCCAGGCAUGGUGCAGAACCACCCAAUGGCUCCCGGCCAGCACCCGGCUGCCGCGCAUCUCGCUGCUCAGGCGCCCGGCGGAGCCAUGAUGCAGCAGGUCCAUGCCGGUGUUUCUGCGCCGGGAGCUCCCCAGGCCUCGCAGCCGGGCCCAAUGGCCGCCGGCAUGCAGCCCGUUUCGGGACCGGGAGGACCAGGGCCCAACGCUCAUGCUCUCUCUCACCUUGGUCCCGCUCACUCUCACCAGAUGUUCCAGUCCCCUCAUCUGGCCCAGAAUUUUGCAAAUAACCCACAACUCCUGCAGCAGCACCACCUCCAGCAACAACAACAGUUUAUGCGCCAACGGCAGAUGUUCCUACACCAACAGCAGCAGCAAAGAGUACAGCAAGCUCAGCAGCAGCAGCAACAGGCUCAACAGGCCCAGCAACAACAGCAGGCCCAGCAACAGCAGCAACAACAGCAAGCCGGCCAGCCGCAACCACAACCGCAACCGCAGCCCCAGCAUGCUGGAAUCCCUGCCUCCAUGCCUAACGGGACCCAGGCGGUCACUUCUGCCCACAUGGCCGUCGCCCAGGCCGGUAACCCAGUCAUGCAUCCGGGCGGCCUUCCUCCUCACAUCCAACAGCAGCUCCAGGCUCAAAAUCACCAUCCCCAGGCCCAAAAUCUGCACCAGCAACAGCAGCACCUCUUUGCCAUGCAGAUGGCUCACCAGAACAACGCUGCUGCUCAAGCCCAGGCCCAGGCCCAGGCCCAGGCUCAGGCACAAGCCCAAGCCCAAGCUCAAGCUCAAGCGCAAGCCCAGGCUCAACAGCAGAACGCACAGCAAAGGACGACCCAGGCCCAAGCAAUGCAUGAUUCUCAAGCCGGUACUCCUCAUCCGCAGCCACAACACCAACAACCUCCGGGAACGAGUGCUCCUUCGCAGCAACCGGGGAUACCACCAACCUCUCAGGCCGGCCCUCAACAGCAGCAGCAGCAACCGCAGCAGGGACCCACUCCACAGCCUACCCCAGGCCAACAUGUAGGCCCACCACAGCAGCUGGCCGGUCCAGAGGGGCAGAUGCGAAUGGCCCAGCAGCAGGCUGCAAUGCAGCAGAUGAUGAUGCCACAGCGCAUGCCAAAUCCCAUGAAGGGCUCGUCCAUAUUCAGACUCUUCUCCUUUGCCGAGAAUCUCAGUGGCUAUUCCAACCGCAAUCCUGCACCGGGAUUGCCAUAUUGGCAGAACUUUGUAGAACAGUUCUAUGCUCCCAGCGGAGUUCUACGUCUGGUUGUUUUCAACGCUCAACGUGGAACCAAACAGUUUGAAAUAUCGACGCCUGCUCUGGCUCGGUACUACUGGACACAGUUCACCAGCGGAAUAAAACAGAUCCAGAUGAUAGUUGAAAACGUGGCGGAGAAAGACCUCCCAACAGGCGGCCAGAUCGUAGAAAGUCAAAAGACCUCUUUUAUAUACUGGUUUGAAAACGGAUGCCAGCUCGUUUCUACCGGAACUCUGGUAGCUCAAUAUGGCCCGACGGGCAAGAUAGAACUUCUAGACAUUGGCACUGGCGGCCAUACCGAAUACAUACCUCGUCACCAAUUGCAACCUCCACAGUCCCCAGAGCAGAAGCAAAGUCCGAGAAUGGCCAAACCCAUGACCAAACGGCAGAAACUUUCCGCUACGCCCUCUGUGGCCAUACCGGACUCCAUGGUCACAGACGACGGCGUGCCUGUAGCAGUCAUGAGCUUCUUAGAGGUCGACGCCCUCCACCAACUCGUCACCACAUUCCCUCAGCAAAAUCAAGCUCUCGGCAUUAACUCUAUGCCACCCGGCCAACGCACCCCAGGUGUCAACGGUGUUAAUAACCAGUUCGCCUCUCCUGCCGUUGGCCACUUGGGUAUCCCCGGCGUCCAGGGAUCUCCUCACAUAGGUGGGCCAACUCAUACGCCCAGUCCAGCCCAAAACCCUGUUGCAGGUCCCGUAGCCAUGGCAGCCCAGCAGAGUCAGCAAGGCACCAACACCAGCGGCAGUCAGGGUACCAGUGCCAAUACCAGCCCUAACGUGAAUAAUAAACGCCGUCGAGCAAGUACUGUAAAGACAGAAGGAGAUGAUAAUUCAUCUUCCAUGGACGUCAACGGAGCUACACAGGGGAACGCCAACAAGGUGAAAGCCAGCCCGAGAGUCGGUGGUAAGAGGCAGAAAGGAACUAGUUGA